AUGUUUAAUCUUGGUGUAAGAUCUAUAAGGUGCUUACCUAUUGGUAGGGUAACGAGGUCUUAUUCUAUAUUGAAUGACUUGCCUAAGGUCAAUAGGUUUGCUGAUAAGUAUAAAAAUCAGGCAAAUAGGAAAGGUAAACCUAGAACUGAUAUGAAAGGUGAUAAGAUAGAUGCAAGUAUGAGAGAUAAACCAAGACCACGAAAUGAUAGACCACGAAAUGAUAGACCUAGAUCUGAUGGUCCCAGACCUAUUAGGCUCAAUAAUGAAAGAUCCCGGCCUGAUGGUCCUAAAGGACCCAAUAAUGAUAGAACAAUGAAAAAUACUGCAAAAGGAUCCAAAGAUAUUAAACCUAAACCAGAUUCUAAUGCUGCAGAUAUUGUAGUGGGUUUUGAUGGUCCUUAUGAUGGACAAGAUGAAAGAACCAAAUACCAAAGAAAGAUGGAUGCAGCUGCUAAGGCAAAGGAGUAUCAGAAAGUAAGAGAAGCUUUAAAAGCCAAACAACAAAAGCAAGCUGUCAAAACUCCUAAACCCAAGGAAAAACCUAGAAAGAAGGAAACCAGCAAAGCUAAAGUGAAAAUUUCCGUUCCUACAUUCAUUACUGUUGGUAACUUAUCAUCAAUGCUUAAUAUCCCUCUUAACAAGCUUUUGCAAAAUCUUGAAUCUAUGGGAUUUGAAAAUAUGAGACAUAACUAUAUCUUGGAUAAAGAAAACGUUUCAUUGAUUGCUGAUGAGUAUGGUUUUGAGAUAUCCAUGAAUGAUGAUAGUGGGUUGGAUUUAUUCCCGGCUCCUGAACCCAAAGAAGGAGACGUUAAUGUAAAAUCUCGAGCUCCAAUUAUUACCAUUAUGGGACAUGUUGAUCAUGGUAAAACUACUAUUUUAGAUCAUUUGAGGAAAUCUUCCAUCGUAGAUAAAGAAUUCGGAGGUAUAACCCAACAUAUUGGGGCAUUCUCUGUUAUAACUCCUAUUUCGAAGAAGAAAAUCACCUUUUUGGAUACUCCAGGACAUUCAGCAUUUUUGAAGAUGAGAGAAAGAGGUGCUAAUGUUACCGAUAUUGUUAUUUUGGUAGUAGCAGCUGAUGAUUCUGUAAUGCCACAAACUAUAGAAGCUAUCAAACAUUCAAAGAAAGCGGGUGUUCCGAUUAUUGUUGCCAUUAAUAAAUGUGAUAAGCCGGGAGUCAAUGUCGAUAAAGUUUUGGGAGAUUUAGCAAGAUAUGAUAUUGACAUUGAAGAUUAUGGUGGUGAUACUCAAACUGUCCAAGUCAGUGGUAAAACCGGUCUUAAUAUGGAUAAAUUAGAAGAAGCUGUUAUAACUUUGAGUGAAUUGAAUGAUUUUAAAGCUGAAACUAAAGGGGUUCCAAGUGAAGGUUGGAUCAUUGAAUCAGAAGUUAUGAAAGGUAUGGGACCCGUUUCAACGAUCUUGGUCACCAGGUCUUCAGUUAAAGUAGGAGAUUUCUUAGUUGCAGGUAAAACCUAUUGUAAAGUAAGAGGAAUGAAAGACGAACAUGGUAAAAUGGUUAAAAUAGCAGGUCCUUCAACCCCUGUUCAAAUCUGGGGCUGGAAAGAAUUACCUACUUCUGGUGAUCAAGUGUUACAAGCUACCAAUGAACAAAUUGCUAAAAAGGUAGUUCAGAACAGAAUCACUCGUGAGAAGGAAAUGAUGGCUUUCAAAGAUAUCGAAAUCAUAAAUUCUAAAAGACAAAAAGAAUUAGAAGAAUUAGCCAAACAAGAAAAAAUCAACGAACUCAAACAACAAGGAUUCAGUGAAGAAGAUUUGAAAGAAGAAUUCGAGCAAGAAGCUAAAAUCAAAACAGUCAAUUAUAUCAUCAAAUCCGAUGUUUUUGGUUCUGCUGAAGCUAUCAAGGAGAGUAUCGAAGGUCUUGGUAAUGAUGAAGUUAAAGCCGUGGUUAUAUCUCAUGAUGCAGGACCUCCUGUUGAUUCUGACAUAGAUAUGGCAUCUACUUUGAAUGCUAAAAUAUUCUGUUUCAAUGUGAAAAUUCCUAAAUCUACCAGUACCAAAGCCAAUCAAAAUAAUGUGGAAAUGAAAGAACAUAAUAUCAUCUAUAGAUUGAUUGAAGAAGUCACUGAAGAUUUGAAUAAUCAAUUAGAACCUGUCGUAGAAACGAAAAUUUUAUCCGAAGCUAAAAUCCAAGGCAUCUUUAACAUUACUGUCGUCAGCAAUGGUAAUAAACGGAAAGUUAAAAUUGCUGGUUGUAAAGUCAAUAGUGGUACUUUACAUAGAAAUUCUACCAUCCGUGUAAUGAGAAAUGAUACAUCAAUUUAUGAAGGUAGUUUAUCAACUAUGAAACAUAAUAAAGAUGAUGUUAAAGAAAUCAAAAAUGGUAUUGAAUGUGGUUUAUCCUUCGAUAAUUGGGAUAAGUUUGAAGAAGGGGAUGUUAUUCAAGCAUUUGAAUUGAUCCAUCAUAAAAGAUACUUGUAA